AUGGACUCCACACAGCAGCUUCUGGUGGACAACAACCAACAGCAGUUCUUGGUUGAUGGGUCGCAGCCUCUGCUGGUGUUCCCGGAGACUGCAAACACGCCGUACUCGGAGCUGGCUGAAGCACCUGAUCCAGAGCCGGAACAGCCGGACCCGGAGCAUCAGCCGCAACCCGAGGUCAUUAUGGUGCAGGAGAAGAUGGACGAGCAUGAGGAGGAGGAGAGGAUCGUUGAGAAACCGUUCCGCUGUGACGACUGUGGCAAGUCCUUCGCCAAGAAGCAGUACCUAACAAAGCACAAAUACCGCCACCGUGAAGUGAAACCGCACGCGUGCGAUGUGUGUGGCAAGCGCUUUGCUCAGAAGUUUGAGGUGGCUGUCCACAAGAUCAAGCAUACGGGUGAGCGUCGGUUCCAGUGCGACGUGUGCUGCAAGCCCUUCCGCAGCAAGCUGCAGCUUGAACGCCACGUCACAUUGCACACGGGCUCACACCCAUACAAGUGCAGCAUAUGCCAGCGUGGCUACACGCAGCGCAUCAACCUGGUCAAGCACUUGGCCAAGACGCACGACAUCGUGGAUGCGUCACAGAUCGAGGCCAUGAAUUCCAUGGAGAAUGCAGAAGCGGUCGAAACAUGGAAGGCAUGGAGACUAUGGAGGUGUCGAGGAGAUGGAUGGCUCGAUGUUGUCGGGCGUGCAGGAGGCGGGCAUGGCACCGGCCAUCAGGCUGCGGACGUGCCACAGGCGGCAUACUCGGUGGUGGAGGUGCAUCCGGAGGGCCUCAAGGAAUACCUGUUGGCUGGACCACAGGUGGUGUCAACGCACGACAUGGACCCGAAGUUGCUCCAGUCCAUCCUGCAGCAGGUGCGUGCCGCCCCCGACGACAGCCACAUCACCACCAUCGCCGACUCGCAGGCCGUCGUGCAUGUCACCGCCAUGGAUGAGUAG